AUGCCGUGCCCGAUAAGCAUCACCAAGUUCGUGGGGACGAUUUCCCUUGGGCUCUUGACCGGCACAUCCUACACUCUUACAUCUAUUCUUCUUCCCUCCCUCGCACUUCUACCCUCGGCGUCGCUUGCCUCUCGCACCUUGACCACAAUUCAAACCCAGUCAACCAGACAGAUACUCACCUUGGCCUCAAUCUCCUCCUUAUCUUUGAUUACCGCAUUCACACUUGCCUCUCCGCGUGGCCGCCAUCCAUACCUCCUGUGGACCGCGCUAGUGAGCUUUAUCGGUGGGCAGGGAGUCGAGUACUGGUUCAAUGGCUUCUCCCGCUUCCCGUCAUGGCGUUUAGGAAGCCGUUCGGAGAGCCGAGCAAAGAACAGGCGCGUAGCAACAGCGAGAGGGACAAGUCCUUCAGCUAGUGACGACAGCGGAUAUAUUGAAGUCGAAUCUGAUAGCAGCGACGAACACCAGGUCAAUGGCGAGAAGGUCGAGCUGGAGAUGACAAGAGAACGCAAAGUGCAGAAGGUGCGUAGUUGGAUUGCUGGUAUCGGCUUCGCAAUGGGCGUAGUGGGCAUCUGGGGGGAUGGUGCUUGA